AUGAAUACUUGGCUGGGAAUGGCGCUGUUGGUUGGGAAUUGGAAUGGCGAUACUAUCGGACUUGGAUCCUCCACAUGGCUAUGCGAUAACCCUGAUGUGGGCCGGGGGGCCAACAAAGCACUGUGCUUCUUCAUCUCGACUGCUGCUGCUGCGGCUACGGGAUCUGUAUCAUCAUCAUAUGGGGGGCCCUACCUGUCCCCUCAGGUUCAUCGCCCUACAACACCACCAUUCCAGAUUCCCUCCACCCCGAAAACCGGGCCAGGCAAUUCAGAGUCCUUUAUACCGCCAGCAGCGGAGCCGGCCUCACUCGAAACAGCCGAAACAGAUGCAAUCGAAUUCAAAGAAGUGGGAUCAAAGACAACCGUGACUGAGGCAGACAAUAUUGAGAGUAAAGUGGACGUCAACAGGGAUAGCGAAAGUGUCCAGGAAGACCACCCGAGUACCACCAUCGAAACAACUCAGUCUCUUGCAAUAGAGGGUCAAGAAAGACUAGGACAGAGUCUUGAAAACCCCGAUGUUGAAGCCGAGGAUGUAAAUGUUUCGCUAUCCAACCGAAUCCAUAUCGUAGGCUUCAAUACACAUGCCAAGUUUCUCGCCCAUGCAUUGGCAUCUACACGCGAGGUACCCGUCCAGAUAUUCUCCCGCAAUCGCAGGAAUUUGAGCCAAUGGGGUGCAGAAAACCGAGCCCUGAAUCUAUACGAUCUCCGCGGGCGUUGGAUUUCUUCCACCAAAAUUCCAUGUCCACAGCCGAUAAUCGACCCCCGGCGUCGAUAUCCCGAUGGUGCGAAGAAGCCUGGGUUUUUGGAUAACAUUAUCAUCGAUGCUGCACCGGGGGCGGUCUUCCCCUCUAUUGAACUGCUGCGUCCUCGUAUUGAUCGCCUCACUACUAUAUGCUUACUACACCCUGGACUCGGUUUAAUUGAAGACAUUAUUGACGCAUUUUUCCCUGAUCCUUUGGACCAACCAACAUUUAUCCUCGGCCAUAGUACGCAUAACGUGGGCAGGUACUCCGAUACUCUCUAUUCUCUGAAGCAGAAUAAACCGGGCACUCUUUAUCUGUACAACGUCCCGAAAUUCCGAGACUCGACACUUGCCAGUUCACACAUAGCCCGUGAGGGACUGCAGUUGUCUCACCAUAUGAUAAAGCUAUUGUCCUUAACCCAGACUCUGAAUGUCGUAGGACUGCCUGAGACCAGGUUUCUAUUCCAGAAACUCCCCUCGGUGAUUUUCCACUCGGUAGCUGAUUCGAUAUGUGUGAUUCUCGGCUGUAAAUACAACCAGAUACGACCGAACCGUGAUGCCAUGGUCAUGUGGAAAGAUCUUCUCAAUGAAACGCUCUACAUCGUCUCCCAGCUUCCCGAGCUACAUGUGAUACCACACAGUGUUGAGCGUCUUACAUCGCUUACCUUCCGACGGAAGUUGGAAGCGUCUCUUUUCGCGCAGCACGCGAAUGCGAGUCCGUGGGUGAAGCAGGUGCGCAUCGGCGCCGAGGUGCCCGUUGACUAUUUCAACGGGUACUUUGUUCGACGAGCCAAGGAGCUCGGGUUGAAUCACAAGCACAACGCCAUGGCCUUGGCCCUGGUGAAGGCGCGCUUAAGCGCCAGACGGUUGGAACUCGCCAAAGACUUGCUGGGCACGUUCCAGUACAUGGGAGACACGGAUACCAUUGGGGGCGCAGAGUUCAGCCCUAACGACAUCGCAGAGGAGCUCGGCUUUGACUAGAUCACU